GUAACAGCCCCGGCGCUGAGUAAGUGACGUCAGACGUCAACACUGCAGUGAGUAGCAGCUGCAGUAGCAGGAACACAGCACGCCCAUCACAGCCUCUGUGCUUCCAAACCAGCUAACACUGAGGAAAAAAAGGUAAGGAAAGAAAGGAAAGGAACAUAAUGGCGGUCGCCGCUCCCCCCCUGGACCCAGAUCUAAUGAGGGAGGUCCUCGAAUGCCCCAUCUGCCUGGAGACCUACAAUCAAGAUCAAAUGAGACCAAAACUCCUGCAGUGUGGUCACACAGUGUGUCGGCAGUGUCUAGAGAAGCUGUUGGCUAAUACCAUCAAUGGUGUGCGCUGCCCCUUCUGUAGCAAGGUCUCCCGUAUGAGCAGUAUCUCCCAGCUGGCUGAUAAUCUCACUGUUCUUAAGAUCCUAGAUUGUGCUAUAUCCUGCAGUGCUGCUGCUGCUGCUGCCCUUAUGUGCAAAUCCUGCUGCAACCGCCUACCCCGACAGUACUGCCAUGACUGUGCCACAGUCCUCUGUGAGCUCUGCAAGGAGGAAGGCCACCUACAUCAAGGUCACUCAGUCCAGCCUAUUAGGGUUGCUGCCGAGCAGCGUCGUAAAGAACUGGGAAGCAAGCUGACCGCCCUGCGUGAUGUUAUGGGAGAAAUUCAGAAGAAGAAGACAGCUAUUGAGAACAUCAACAAGUCCUUGAGACUAAAAUACCAGACAGUGCAGCAAGACUAUGCCACAGCUGAGUUGCGUCUUCAGGAGGAGCUCAAGCGGUCUCGAAGGACAUUUACAGCGUCAAUGGCAGAAGUUGAAAUGCUAAAUGGGCAGGUCCUGGAGGAGCAGACAUAUCUCCUUAACAUUGCAGAGGUAAAAGUGGUGUCCCGCUGUGAUUAUCUUACAAUGCUGGUGAGGCAGAGUGAUAUUGCUUUGCUUAAGGAUGAUGGUGGAGGUAGCGAUGAUGACGAGCUGGAUCUGAGGAGCAGCUUGCCCACUGUGUUUCAACUGCAAGAGCCACAGCUGAUCAGAACAGAGCACUCCAAACCUGUCGAAGUGGGCCAGGUUAACACAAAUACUUACACCGUCAAUACAGACGAUGAGGAGUUGGAGAUUGCACUCGAGGGUGAAUUAGAGAAUGUAACUGGGGUAGCAGGGGCUACAGGUGGUGCAACAAGUGUUCCAGUGGAUCUUUACCGAGAUAUCGACAUGGUUACAGCUGUAGAAGAGGCAGUGUGUGGUUCACCAGCAAGCUUUAAGUCAAAGUCCAUGGAUGCAGGUGGGGGAUCACCUGGAGGAGCUGGAGCAAGUGCGGGGCCCCCUGUCUGCCAGUUUGUGAAGAAGAUGGGCAGCAAGGGAAGUCUUCCUGGCAUGUUCAAUUUACCAGUGAGCAUCUGUGUGACACAUCAAGGUGAGGUCCUGGUUGCUGACCGUGGCAACUACCGCAUCCAGAUCUUUAAUCGCAAAGGUUUUCAGCGCGAAAUCCGCCGCAAUGCCAGCAGCAUUGAUAACUUUGUCCUGAGCUUCCUUGGGGCUGAUCUGCCUAAUCUCAUCCCCUUAUCCAUUGCUGUCACCCCUCAAGGCCUGAUUGGGGUCACAGACAACUACGAUAACUCAGUUAAAGUGUACACCAUGGACGGGCACUGUGUGGCCUGCCAUAAGAACCAACUGAUAAAGCCCUGGGGCAUUACUGCCAUGCCAUCAGGGCAAUUUGUGGUGUCAGAUGUGGAAGGUGGCAAACUGUGGUGUCUAGCAGUGGACCGCAAUGUUGGGGUGGUCAGCUACAACCGACUGUGCUCUGCUGUGCGACCAAAGUUUGUGACAUGCGAUGCAGCUGGAACGGUCUACUUCACCCAAGGCCUGGCCCUGAACUUUGAGAAGCGCCACAAUGAGCCCCAUCUGGAGGGCGGCUUCUCUAUCGGCUCAGUGGACACCGAUGGCCAGCUAGGCAAGCAGCUCAGCCAUUUCUUCUCGGAGACAGAGGACUUCCGAUGUAUCACUGGCAUGUGUGUCGAUGCCAAUGGGGAUUUGCUGGUAACAGACAGUGGCAGGAAAGAAAUACUCCAGUUUCCCAAAGAGGGUGGAUUCAAGAUUCUCAUCCAGGAAGGGUUGACCUGCCCUGUGGGAGUGGCUACCACCCAGAAAGGACAGCUGCUGGUGCUGGAUUGUUGGGACCACUGUGUCAAAGUCUACACAUACAUCCAGAGGAGGCACUCGUCCACCUCUUAAAGGGACAAUCCAGGUCCACAUGAGCAUUGAGAGGUUUAGUAUGUAUGUGUUGGUCAGUGUGUAUGGAGGUUUGAAAAAGGUAGAAACACACUGUUAUCUGUCACUUUAGUUUGGCCACCCUCCAAACACUUCUCACUACAGCUUUCAUUGGGUUAUUAAAUGAAUGUUCUAGUCUCACUUUGGGUUUGGUUUUAAGCCUACUGGAUUUUAUUUUAAUACCUCAAAUUAAAAGCUGGCCACUUGAGCUGCCUCCUAGCUGAUUAUUGUAACAGAUCACAACACUUAAAUAUACACUUAUCACAUCAAAGAAUACCGGCACAAGUUGUCACAUUUACAAUAAGCAAAAUAAGCCAUUGAUGUCAAAGCCAAUGCAGGCACGAAGUACAGAUAAAUUUCCUUCCUCUAUUGUUGACGGCUAUAUCCAUCAUACAGCCUGACUGUGUGUGUGACGCAUGGCUUUCACUGAUUUGGCUCAGCUUUGCAGGACGAAGAGGAGCUGAAAAUGAACACGUAUUUACAAAUGAAAUAAAGCAUACAAAGGCUUUUGGCCUGUGAAGCACUUUAUUAUUGACAAGACACUGUUUCCUAGGGUUAGGUUUUAGUAGCACAGAUUAAAAUUGAUGUUGCUGAAAGCAGCCGGCAGCUUUAAAGUUAACUGUGCAGUUAGCUUAUGGCAAAACAGGAACCAAGUAUCAGCAUAUAUUGAAUUGCAUUCAGUAACGUUCAGGGAACAUUAAGUGUAGAAUAUUGAGUUACCUACAGGAAAGAGAGCAGUGGGGAAAUGUCAUUCAGUAUACUGUGGGUUUGCACCUUUUGUGUCAUCUUAUAAUAGCAAAAAAUAAAAGAUGAGAUGACAAAUGA